UGUCAGAGCAACUUCCGGUAACAACACGUCGUCUGUCCUGAAUCACAGAUCUCCUAAAAGGAGUCAUUACAAAGUUGACCAUGUCACAAGAUUUCGGCCAGGAGGGAUUUUAUAGCGGUAACUAUGAUGCAACCAAUCAAGGUUAUGACAUGAACAGUGGUUCAACACAAGGCUUUGGACAAGAUCCACAAUUUGGUCAGUUUGACUACUCCCAGGGGUACACAGGAGACCAGAGUUACUCUGCCCCACAGAAUGUCUACACGGGAUCCAUCAUGACACCUGAGGUACCCAACACCUACUCGGGACCAAGAAGUCAGGGGGGCGGCGACAACUUCGAGGAUGAACCGCCUCUCAUGGAAGAACUUGGAAUCAACUUUGAUCACAUCACGCAAAAGACGAUGGCUGUACUGAACCCAUUGAAACAGACAGAUAGUACCAUCAUGCAGGACACAGACCUUGCGGGACCAUUUGUCUUCUGUCUGGCUUUCGGAGGAUCCCUCAUGCUGGCGGGGAAGCUACAGUUUGGAUUUAUCUAUGGGAUCGGUGUUGUGGGGUGCCUUGCCAUGUACAGCCUACUGAACCUGAUGAGUAUUAAAGGCGUGUCGGGAGGUUGUGUCAUCAGCGUUCUCGGCUACUGUCUCCUUCCGAUGGUCAUCCUCUCCUUUUCCGCAGUCCUAUUCUCUCUACAGGGCCUGAUUGGUAUAGUGCUGACGGCAGUGUCUGUGAUCUGGUGUAGUCUGUCAGCGUCCAAGUUGUUCGUGUCCGCCUUGUCUAUGGAUCACCAACAGCCCCUAGUGGCUUAUCCCUGUGCUUUAGUUUAUGGCGUCUUUGCUUUACUUACAGUAUUUUAAGAUUUUGCGUCCAUGUUUGAAACAAAAUUUCUCAUCGAGAACCUGACAUUAAACUGAAGGUGUUUACACUGAAGAUAUAGAGCUCCGAAUAUUUCUGUUUACUGAAAUAAAAUUCAUUGAAAUUUUCUUAAAUAUGCAAGACAAAUUAAUUUUCACUAUUGUGCUGAUAUGUCUAAGCAAGUUAAUAUGUACACAGGGAUUUGGCCCAAAUUUCCAACCCACAGUCAAUGUAGACAUAGUACAUAUAGACCAUGGGUUGGUAAUGGGUGCCAAGCCCCUGUGAUGAAAUUAUUCUGGUGGCCAUAAACAUGAUGUUUCCUUUCUGUUGAAUGAUAAAUGAUUUAUUGAAAAUUGUGUUGCCAACAUUGACUUGUGGUAGCUCUCAUAUAUAUCAUCAACUCCUUUGAAAUUGCAAACUUCAUCAAGCUGUAAUGCUAAUGAGAAAAAGUUUAAGCUGACAUUGAUCAUGAGAAAUAUGAGACUCGCUUUUGUGAGAGUGUGCAAUAAAUUUAUCUCACAGUAGUGAGUUGACUGGUAAAAUCUCAUUACCCUGGAGAAUGGACGUUCAUAGGAAGCAUAUUGUGACCACACGGUAAGGGGAGAGGAAAUGGAACUUUUCAACUACAAAGAAAUCUUGGAAUUGGAUUUGAAUUGAGAUAUAAUAAAUUUAUCUUCAAGGAUUGUCAGUGUCUGUAAAGAUUUAAAUAUUAAAGUAGGUACACUUCAAAUAAGUUUCAUACAAAUACAGUAUUGCGUUAUAUGAAAAGGUUGAUACAUGUCUUCCUAAAAAUUACAUGUAUUUGAUAGAAAAUCUUUAUCAGCCAUAUUGUCACAUUUUGUGUUGAUGCCUAUAUAGGUUAUACUCAAAAUUACCAUGAAUGCAAUUCAAAUAUUAUCAAAAUCAUUUAGAUAUUAGAUACAGAGUCUUACAGCAUAUAUUUCUGUAGUACAGACAAAUGUUGUUUUUAAGCCAGUUUGACACAUGUAAUCAUUUUUGGUUUUGGUAAUUUUUUCUUUAAGUGAAAAGUUUUUCGGAAUCAUUAAUUAACAAAUAUGUGGCCACACAGUUCUUGAUCAUCAAGAAUAAUAUAUUUUUAAAUUCACUGCACUACAUUUGGGAUUGAAAAUUCCAACAUUGCCAAAACAUUUUGGCUUCUUCAUCUGGUCAACAAAGUGGUACCUGGUUCGGUAUGGUAAGAGGGUAAGAACUUGUGCUGGACAGAACGAUACAUUGUGGUAUAAAAACAUUCUUCUUGUAACACACCAAGUUUAACAAUCAUGACAUUAGGGAAAAAAGAAAAUAAAAAUAUUUGUAAUAAU